AUGGAUUCCCGCAGCCACUACCGCGGAAAUGGACCAUCUAAUACCGCUGCCCAGCCGCCGCCUCCCCGGCGGCGACUAUCCAUGGAGGAGGAUUAUUUUUACCAGGAAGUCAUGACGUCCCCUCUCCGACGACCUUCGCAACCGCCCCCCUAUGAGCGGGACGCCAGACCAAGACGACCGUUGGCCAGCAAGAACAAUGUCCAGCAUGGACCGGUAGAAAGUUUGCCGGGCUAUUCGUGCGACAUAGAGCUGGAGGGCGUAUGGGUGAAGAAGAUGGAGAUUGAAAAUACCUCCAAAAGGGCCGAAGACAGAAAUUGGCACACUACUUUCGUCCAACUACGGGGUACCGCCUUGAAUUUCUACAACGUGAAGAAGGAUUGGGGCUGGGGUCGGACGAGGGACGGACCGACGAUAUCGCCCGACAACCCGCCCUGGGUACGGAAAGCCUCUCUCGACAAGGCCUACAGUCUCCAGCACGCAGACGUCGGUAUUGCUGCCGACUACAAGAAGAGGCGAUAUGUCAUCCGUGUUAGGGCUGAGACGGAUCAGUUUCUCCUCUCAUGUAUAGAGUUGAGCACCAUGGUGAAAUGGUUGGAAGCGCUUUUCGCCGCCAUCGAUGUUGCCGCCCCUAUCGACGACCGAGAUUACCCCCGCGAUCAGAGCAUCCCCCGGAUUCAACGCAUCCGCUGGUUCCGGGGCCAGACGCCAGCGCAUACGAACAACUAUCCCGUACCGACGCCGCGCCCUGUCAGUCCGGAGUUGCACCGUGUGGCUUCUGCCGAGAGUCCCGACCCCUUCCCGUCCUCGUCGGUGUUGGAGGCUAUCCUAGACGAACCUGUCAUUGACGAGUCUCCUAUUGGCGACGGCGAGACGGCCAUCGUAGACACCGAGUCCAUCUACGGCCCUGGACCCGCCCGCAAUGAGCAGAUCAGUAGCCGCUUAUCUACGACAUCGUAUCCAAAUGAGGCCAUCGACCCAGACACCGGCAAAUGGGCCCCCGAGCACCAAUGGACUGCUGCCCAUGACUUGCUGUAUGCUAAGCUUUGCUACUCAGUUCUCUUGUUCAAGAGCCCGCGGAAGUCAAACUAUAUCAUCAGUAAGGGGAAGCAGUGGUUCGUGGACUGGGCAACGGGUCGUAUGGUCCGAGUCCUGCCGCCGGCUUAUGGCGAGAUCGACUUCUUUGGCCCUUGGCAAGUUAUCCACACGGAAAACAGGAGGAUCUAA